AGAAAACGAUCUUAUCCAAUCACGUCGAAGUUUACUUGCCCUCAUGGAAGUUGGAGGAAAACAUUAGAAAUCUAGACCAUUGAAAGGAUGUCAUCCAAUUGCAGUGUGACCACAUUACAGCUGGACUCAGUGAGCCAGGCAGAAUGCCCCCCUGUUCACCUGCUGCCCUGUGAGAUAGAACAUGACGGGCCUGCAGAGGUGUCCCAGUUCUUCACAGCCACCAUCAAAGAUCGAAAACAUGAGAAAACGGUGUCGUUCAGGGGUCGUGGGUUAAAAGGUCAGGAGGUCAGCUGUCCGCAGGGCUACACAGGCCUGGUGCUGAGAGAGGUCAACAAAUCAGGCUCUGACCAGGAGGACAGGACUGUGAAAGUGUCCUCAGUGUUCCAUAAAGUCACCUACUGGAACCUCGAGACUUCGCCCAACUCUGAUGACGGCAUCGUCAUGGCAAUGGCCUGGCCGGAUCUGGCAGAAGCGAUACAUGGGCCGGUGGAUGACUGACAUGGAAGAGGCCAAAGCAAAGAAGAUCAAUCCCUUCUCUACCCUCCUUUUCAUGCUGCAGCCUGAAGACUGCCUCUAAACAUAUUGGUUGUGUUUUCAGUAGCCAUUGCUUAGUUUGUGAAAAUAGGAAUAAUGGACAAUGGGUAGAACAUUCCUCACAGUCCCUAGUGUUGUAGUGGACACUGUGUCUAUCUUUUACAGAUCCAUAGGGGUGAAUUGUGCUUGCUGCUUCUUGUCACUUCUGUUACUAUUGUACCAUGUUCUUUUUGUUGUAUUUUUCUGUCAUCAAUUAUACUCAUAUUAUAGACCAUUGUGAUACA